UUCCCUGGAUCUGGAGGGUGACCCGGCAGCCCACGUGGAUCCACACCAUGGCCACCUGCUGGCAGGGCCUGUGGGCCUAUCGCUUCUACCUGAUUGUAUUCUUCCUACCCAUUAUCCUGCUGCCUCUGCCCAUCCUCAUCCCAACUAAGGAAGCCUACUGUGCCUACACCAUCAUCCUCAUGGCGCUCCUCUGGUGCACCGAGGCUCUGCCCCUGGCUAUCACCGCCUUCCUCCCCACCGUCAUGUUCCCCAUGAUGGGCAUAAUGGGUGCCUCCGUGGUCAGCACUGAGUACCUUAAGGACACCAACAUCCUAUUCAUCGGGGGGAUGCUCGUGGCCCUCGCCGUGGAGCAAUGGAAUCUGCACAAGCGCAUCGCCCUCCGCGUGCUCCUCAUCAUCGGGGUGCGGCCCUCCCUGCUGAUCCUGGGCUUCAUGGUGGUCACGGCCUUCUUGUCCAUGUGGAUCAGCAACACGGCCACCACGGCCAUGAUGGUGCCCAUCGCCCACGCCGUUCUGGAGCAGCUGCACAAGGUGCCCAAGAGCAAGGAUGUUGAGGAGGGCGAGAACAACCCCGCCUUCGAACUCCAGGAACCGAGUCCCCAGAAGGAAGAGACCAAGCUUGAUGAGAAAGGCUCCACUCUUCCUGUGACGGCCCUGCCCCGCCUGUCCUCGGAGCCCAAGGCACAGCAGGACGAGGAGCAGCUCCGCUUCACCCGGGGCAGGAGCCUGUGUGUGUGCUACGCGGCCAGCAUCGGGGGCAUCGCCACCCUGACUGGCACCACAACAAACCUGGUGCUGCAAGGCCAGGUCAACUCGAUCUUCCCCGAAAGACACGUGGUGAACUUCGCCUCCUGGUUUGCCUUUGCCUUCCCCACCAUGGUCAUCUUGCUGCUGCUUUCCUGGGUGUGGCUGCAGUUCCUCUUCUUAGGCUUCAACUUCCGGAAGAACUGUGGCUUGGGGGAACGAGAUGAGGGGAGCGAGAGCGAGCAGCCUUCGAAGUCAUCCGGAGAGAGCAACAAGCUGCUGGGCCCCAUGACCUUUGCAGAAAAGGCUGUCAGCACCCUCUUCGUUAUGGUGGUGCUCUGGUUCACUCGGGAGCCAGGCUUUUUCACCGGCUGGGGCCGCUAAGCCUGCCCUCCCUGCCCCGCCCGCAGCAUGCCAUCCGAUGGGACAGUAGCCAUCUUAAUCGCUGUAAUUUUGUUCAUCAUGCCCUCCAAGAUCCCAGGGCUGACUCAGGAACCAGGAAAACCAGGGAAGCUGAAGGCCCCUCCUGCCCUCCUCAACUGGAAAAUAGUUAAAGAGAAGAUGCCUUGGAAUAUCGUGCUCCUUCUGGGCGGUGGCUUUGCCCUGGCCAAGGGCAGUGAGGAAUCGGGCCUGUCAAAGUGGCUGGGGGACAAGCUGACCCCGCUGGAGAGUGUGCCGCCUCCCGCCAUUGCCUUCAUCCUCUGCCUCCUGAUCGCCACCUUCACUGAGUGCACCAGCAACGUGGCCACCACCACAAUCUUCCUGCCCAUCUUGGCUUCCAUGUCUCAGGCCAUCUGCAUCCACCCCCUCUACGUCAUGCUCCCCUGCACGCUUUCCAGCUCCCUGGCCUUCAUGCUGCCUGUGGCCACCCCGCCCAACGCCAUCGCCUUCUCAUUCGGAGGCCUCAAAGUGACACACAUGGCCCAAGCAGGAUUCAUGCUGAACAUCCUCGGGGUCCUGGUCAUCACGCUGGCCAUCAACACCUGGAGCAUCCCCAUGUUCGACCUGCACAGUUUCCCCUCCUGGGCCCAGUCCAACACCACAGGCUUCUGUGGGGUCAGCGAGGCAAACAUCACAACACCUAGCCCCUAUACCACGGUAUAAUCUGGCCCAAGCCAGGAAGACCCACCUCGUUCCUAUUCCUCUGAGCUGGGAGGGGAAACCCAGGCUCCAAGCCAAACAUUGAGAGAAAGGCACAUGUAUACCUAACCUCAUGUGUCUCUUCAAGGAAGAUGUAUGUGAGCUCAGUCCUACGUGUCUGAGGAAAGUGUGUGUAUGUGUAUGUGUAUGUACGUGUGUGUGUGUGUGUGUGUGUGCAUGUGUAAAGACGGUGUGUCAUGUGAGGAUGUUGUGCAAGGGGGGUCUGUGUGUGUGAUGAUCCUAGGUGGUGUAUGCUUGACAAUGUACACUUGUGAGGUCACAGACACGACAGCGUGCUCUGUCUGGCACUCCAGGUCUUUGUCUCCCCAGCUUGGUGGGUGACCAGACCCUUUUGUCCUCUAUUUAUUGAAACUCAGGGUUGGAGCUGCCUGGGCAGCAAAGCCUACCAGCAGUUGCCAUGGCUACAGUCUCUGGGACCGGCCCAACAUACUGAGUUCUCCCCAGCCUCUCAGGUCUGGGGGGAUGUUCAAAUAUCAGCCCCAUUAAAGUCUUUCAGUAGA